AUCUCUCCUCCCACAUAGCUAAGCUUACUUGAGAUGGCAGAAAACGGGAAUCUGGACACGAGUUGGGGGGAAGGGAAAAGUAACUAAACUAAGAAACCCAGUUUUAGCAAAAGGACUGUAGAGUGAUAGUCUCCCCAAAACAAGUGCCUUGAAGUGUUUGGCUUCGGGAAUGCAAUAAAUUAUAUUUAGUGCUACAAAAUUGCUGCAAACUUCCUGUUUCCAGCAUCAUUUCUUUUUAUGCUACAUUGUGUCAGCUGAAGCGAGUGUGAAGAAAGGACGAGGCUUUUACGUCUAAUGUUGGUACUGUAUGGAGACGUGCCUUAUUCAGGGCGUUGAGGGGGGCCUAGGUCAUUUCAUAAUAUCUGGAGAUUAAAGCCAGUUACCGGCCUUUUUGUAUUAAGUCAAAGCCUAAGAUGCGAAACUGGGAAGUAUGGCUAAUGGGACUGGAGCGGUCAUGCUAAAAUGCGUGGUGGUCGGGGACGGGGCGGUGGGCAAAACCUGUUUGCUAAUGAGUUAUGCCAACGAUGCAUUCCCGGAGGAGUAUGUGCCCACUGUAUUCGAUCAUUACGCAGUUAGUGUUACAGUUGGUGGAAAACAGUAUCUUUUGGGAUUGUACGACACUGCUGGACAGGAAGACUAUGACCGCCUGCGACCAUUGUCUUACCCUAUGACAGAUGUAUUCCUUAUCUGCUUUUCAGUAGUGAACCCUGCCUCGUUCCAAAAUGUAAAGGAAGAGUGGGUGCCCGAGUUAAAGGAAUAUGCACCAAAUGUGCCAUUUCUAUUAAUAGGAACCCAGAUUGACCUUCGGGAUGAUCCCAAAACUUUAGCAAGACUGAGUGAUAUGAAGGAGAAACCUAUUGUAAUGGAGCAAGGACAAAAGCUGGCAAGAGAGAUUGGAGCAGGCUGUUAUGUGGAAUGCUCAGCCUUGACACAAAAAGGACUGAAGACAGUGUUUGAUGAAGCCAUUAUUGCAAUUCUAACUCCAAAGAAGAACACUUUGAAAAACAGACUGGGCUCCAGGUGUAUAAACUGCUGCUUGAUCACGUGAGACAGAUUUGUAGGUGUAGACCAGGCCCACUGUGAACGAUGAGGUACAGCCAUGCCAUACUGCUGCAGAAACUUCUGCAGUAAAAGCUCACGGACUGAACCUGUGCAACAGUCUAUGAUGCUGCCAACAGAAUCUUGGCCAUCUUUACAAGUGAUACUUUAUUUUUUCAACAAAUCCAAACUCUCAGGGGUUAUUCAAAAAAGUUUAUACUAACAUUGUUACAAAUUCGAAGUAAAAAAUGCAGUUCCCAAGGCCCACCGACACUUCACAUUGGAGUAUUCAUAUCUUCAGCUUUGAGCAGCUAAAAUUAUGCACAAUCUGUAUGGAGUGCUGUUGUCAACUGUUCACUUAUCUGCUUUUGUAUGUUAGUUGCUUUCUGUGCCAGUGUAUCCAGAGUGGUGCAAAGAGGAGACCAACCACAAAGCCAAAUGUUGCUCCCAAUGAGCAUGAAAUGGGCCACACCUAUGAGGAAAAACAAGUCAAGAAAUCAGACACAGCAUUCUUCUAAUACAUUGGAUUUGAUGAGCACAAAUUUUUAUCUUUUACCCAAAUAAGAAUACCUGAUUUAUAUUUUAAUGUAUAAUCUGCUUUCUAAGAAUGCCAAAUAUGUAAUCACUUUGUACAAAGAGGUACUAUAAACACUAAUUCUAUACAUUUUUCAUUAUGCAGAGUAAUCAUUAAUGAGAUAAUUCUUUGUGGUUGUAGUCUCAGAUGGAGAAAAGUUUGCACAUGCCAGAGUUUUAUCUGCACAACUGCUCCAGUUUGGUUUACAGGCUACAAUAAAAGCCUACACAGAUUUUAA